AAUCGAAUUCAUAAGUUUCCUGGGAAAGUCGAAAUGAAGUCUUUUUUGAAAUACUCAAAAUCUUGUGAUUUUCCUAUAGAAAACCUCCCGUAUGGAGUGUUCACAACACCGGAAAAGACUAAUCCUAGAAUAGGCGUCGCCAUUGCGGAUUCCAUUCUUGACUUAAGUGAAGUGUCUCAUCUAUUCACUGGACCAGAAUUAAAAAGUAAUCAACACGUUUUCAAAGCACCAACUUUGAAUCUCUUAAUGGGAUUAUCCCCUAAAGCUUGGAAAGAAGCUAGAGAAACUAUACAAAGCAUUUUAUCUGAGAAUAAUAAAAUUUUACAAAAUGAUCAUAAACUAAGACAAAGAGCACUUAUAUCUCAGGCUUGUGCAACGAUGCAUCUUCCUGUGAAUAUUGGAGACUACACUGACUUUUUCUCUUCAGUUUACCACGCUACCAAUGCGGGGCUUAUGUUUGCUGACCCUAAUAACCCCUUGACACCGAACUGGAAACAUCUUCCAGUUGCCUAUCAUGGUAGGGCAAGCACCGUAGUCAUAUCCGGAACGCCCAUUCAUAGACCUCAUGGUCAAAUGGUACCACCAGACGCAACUGAUCCUGUAUUUGGUCCAAGUCAACUGAUGGAUUUCGAACUGGAAAUGGCGUUUUUCGUUGGUGGUUCCAAUAAACUGGGAGAACCCAUCAAAAUCGAGAAGGCUGAAGAUCAUAUCUUCGGUUUCGUUGUAAUGAACGACUGGAGCGCAAGAGAUAUACAAAAAUGGGAAUAUAGACCAUUGGGACCUUUCUUGGCUAAAAAUUUAGGUACCACGAUAUCUCCUUGGGUUGUUACGACGUUUGCUUUGGAACCUUUCAAAACCGAUAAUUUCCCACAAGAUCCACAACCUUUACCAUACCUGAGGCACUCUGAUAAGUGUAAUUACGACAUAAAUCUACAAGUUGACAUAACACCUAAAGAUGGUAAUGUUUCGACCACGAUUUGUCGUUCGAAUUUCAAAUAUUUAUAUUGGACCCCCAAACAGCAGAUCGCUCAUCACACCAUAACUGGUUGUAAAAUGAAUCCUGGGGAUUUGUUGGGAAGUGGCACUAUAAGUGGAAAGACACCUGAUUCCUUCGGAUCUUUAGUGGAAUUAUCAUGGAAAGGAACGAAGCCUCUUUCUCUACGAGACGGAUCUCAAAGGACAUUUCUUCAAGACGGCGACACUGUCACAAUGACAGCCGUUUGUAAAGGAGAUACCUACAAUAUCGGUUUUGGUUCUUGCGUAGGGACUUUACUUCCGCCCAAAAAAUUGUAAUAAUUUUAUAAUAAAUUGAUUCUUGAGAAAA